UGCAGUAUUGGAAGUAACGUCGUCCGUUAUUUACUAGCCGUGCAACCAUAUAAUGGUAAAUAUUAAUCCGAUUAAUGUCAUUAAUCAUCUGUUUGUUACUUUUUGCACCAAUUGUUAACCGGAAAGUCCGAUCUUUGAUGCGGAAAUUCAAUUAAAAGAGAAUUUGGCAGAGAUUCUGCGUAGUGCUAUAGAAGAUAAUUCAUUUGAAUGGGAACAGUUCAAUCAGUUUGUAAUGCCUGCGUAAUGCGCGGAUCCAGGCAGUCAAGGAAGAAAGGGUGAAACGGUAGGAGUGGGGCAGGUAAUUGGGAGAGAAGGGCCUAGCCUCACUUCUCUCCCGAGAUUUCUUCAGGGCACGUGUGAAAAGAAUAGUUAGUCCGUUAACAGUAUCGGGUUUUAUUCAAAAAACGAAGUGAAGAUUCGAUCAUCUCACUCCUGACAAUCGAAGUGCCGCCAAUACUCAACAUUACGAUCAAUUGCCAUAUCAAAGAGUUUUCAAUCUACGAUUAAUUGAAUUCUUGAAGAACCCUAAACCAAAAUGGCGACAUAUUUGGAAAUUUCCUGCGGCUUCAUAGCAGUCUUUCUUGCACUUUACUACUAUUUCACGUCGACCUUUAAUUAUUGGAAAAAACGUGGAAUUAAAGGUCCAGAACCCAUACCAGUGUUUGGCAAUAUUAUGGCACCAAUGUUAGCAAAGCAGUCAUUGGCAGACUUCCUAACGAAUCUUUACAAGAAAUACAAGAACGAACCAAUGAUUGGAAUAUUCGCAAGAAGAGAACCUAUUUUAAUUAUUCUUGGUCCUGAUAUCAUCAAGGAUGUCCUUAUUAAAGAUUUCUCCAAAUUUGCAAACCGUGGCUUCAAGAUACAUGAAAUAGCAGAACCGUUAUCUCAGCACCUCUUUUUUCUGGAGGUCGAAAGGUGGCGUCCGCUAAGAACUCAACUCUCUCCAGUAUUUACAUCUAGCAAACUCAAGGGAAUCUUUUCCCUGAUUCUUGAUUGUGCUAAACAUCUGGAAAAAUAUAUGGAUACUUUAGUACAGAAAGGAGAACCCAUCGAAAUCCGAGAAGUAGCAGCCCAAUACACGACUGACGUGAUCGGUAGCUGUGCAUUUGGAAUUGAAAUGAACUCGAUGUCGGAAAGUGAAAGUGAAUUUCGCAAAAUUGGCAGAGAAAUCUUCUCUACUAACCUUACAACAUUUCUGAAGUUCAAAAUGAAAGAAUGGAUGCCACAGUUAUAUAAUUUACUUGGUUAUGUACUUCCUAAGGAUAAAACAAUGGCAUUCAUUGAGAGAAUCACUAUAAGUACGAUGAAGUAUAGGAAGCACAACAACAUAGUUAGAUCAGAUUUUAUAAAUACACUUUUGGAGCUGCAGAAACAUCCUGAAAGAGUCAGCGGUAUCCAAUUGACGGAUACUUUACUGGCUGCACAAGCGUUUGUGUUCUUCGCAGCUGGCUUCGAAACUUCAUCGACAACGAUAGCCAAUGCCAUUUAUGAAUUGGCUCAAAACCAAGAGAUACAGGACAAAUUACGAGAAGAAAUUAAAGAAUUCGACGCGAAAAACAACGGGGAAUGGAAAUACGAAACUGUCAAACAAAUGAAGUACCUGGAUAAAGUUUUCCGAGAAACUUUAAGGAAAUAUCCGCCCCUGUCAUUUCUAAGCAGAAAGGCAACGGAAAAUUACACGUUCGAAAACCCGAAGUUGACAGUCCUUAAGGAUGCAAAGGUAUGGAUACCUCUAUUUUCAAUUCACAGAGAUCCGGAAGUUUACCCAUAUCCAGACAAAUUUGACCCCGAAAGAUUCUCAGAAGACGCAGUGAAAGUCAGGCACCCCAUGCACUACUUACCCUUCGGUGAUGGCCCAAGAAACUGCAUCGGUGCACGAUUUGCAAUUUACCAAUCAAAAAUUGGCAUAAUAACUAUUCUUCGUAAUUUUAAAUGCGAUAUUUUAGAGAAAACUGAAAUUCCUUAUGAAUUUGACCCAAUUGCAUUUGUAAUGUGCCCGAAAAAUGGACUGUAUAUCAAAAUAACGAACCUAGAAAGUUAGUAUCUACAACAGGUUGUAACUUUAUACAAUCGAGAUAUUGUUAACAUUGUUGAAAUAUUGUCAAUUUAUAAAUGAAUAUUACGUAUUUACAAGAAUUUAUAGAAACAAUGGAGAUACCUUUUACAAAAUAUUGUGAAACAUUAAAUAUGAUUGUGCUCAUUAUUUAGAAAACUA